GUUUGAGUGAGCGUGGACCGAUGCUUGGGCAGUAGUCUAGGUGGCGGCGGCAGUGGUGGCGGAAGAGAGAAAGGGGGAGGGCCCCGAGGGCUACACACGCAUACACUUUCACAUUCCCUUGGAGGGAAAGGAGGAGGCCUGGAGCAGUUCCAUCCGCCCAGUCCUGUCUCCCUCUCUCCUCUGGCUCCCUGAGCCCUGGCUCUAAGAGAGUUGAGGGUUCCAGUGGCAGUACGCAGCAGUGAGGCUAAGAGGGCCAGGAGAGUGGGGAGCAGGGCGAAGGGUGAGGGGGAAGAUGCCCAUCCUGCUGUUCCUCAUAGACACGUCCGCCUCUAUGAACCAGCGCACUGACCUGGGCACCUCCUAUUUGGACACUGCCAAAGGCGCUGUGGAAUUGUUUUUGAAGCUGCGCGCCCGGGACCCAGCCAGCCGCGGAGACAGGUACAUGCUGGUCACCUACGAUGAACCCCCGUACUGCAUCAAGGCUGGUUGGAAGGAAAAUCACGCAACAUUCAUGAGUGAACUAAAAAAUCUUCAGGCUUCUGGACUGACUACUCUUGGUCAGGCACUAAGAUCCUCAUUUGAUUUGUUAAAUCUCAAUAGAUUGAUAUCUGGAAUAGACAAUUAUGGACAGGGGAGAAAUCCAUUUUUUUUAGAACCAUCUAUUUUAAUUACCAUCACAGAUGGGAACAAGUUAACAAGUACGGCUGGUAUUCAAGAAGAGCUUCAUCUUCCUUUGAAUUCUCCUCUACCUGGGAGUGAACUAACCCAAGAACCUUUUCGUUGGGAUCAAAGGUUAUUUGCCUUGGUGUUGCGUUUGCCUGGAUUGGCUUCUACUGAGCCAGAGCAACUAGGGAGUGUACCAACUGAUGAAUCUGCUAUCACACAGAUGUGUGAAGUCACUGGAGGUCGUUCCUACUGUGUUAGAACACAAAGAAUGUUGAAUCAGUGUUUAGAAUCUCUAGUUCAAAAAGUUCAGAGUGGUGUAGUUAUUAACUUUGAGAAAACGGGACCAGAUCCACUUCUUAUUGGAGAAGAUGGACUUAUGGAUUCAUUUAAGCCAAGCAAUUCAUCUGCUGCUCAACCAUGGCAUAGUUGUCAUAAGCUCAUUUAUGUACGACCUAACUCUAAAUCUGGUGUUCCUGUUGGACAUUGGCCGAUUCCAGAAUCUUUUUGGCCAGAUCAGAAUUUACCUUCACUACCUCCACGAACAUCUCAUCCUGUUGUGAAAUUCUCCUGUAUAGAUUGUGAGCCAAUGGUAAUAGACAAACUUCCCUUUGACAAAUAUGAACUUGAACCUUCACCUUUAACUCAGUACAUCCUGGAACGAAAGUCUCCCCAUACCUGCUGGCAGGUAUUUGUUACUAGCAGUGGAAAAUACAAUGAACUUGGAUAUCCAUUUGGUUAUUUAAAAGCCAGUACAACUUUAACUUGCGUAAACCUUUUUGUGAUGCCCUACAACUACCCAGUUUUACUUCCUCUCUUAGAUGACUUGUUUAAAGUUCACAAGCUUAAGCCAAAUCUGAAGUGGCGACAGGCUUUUGACAGCUACUUAAAAACUCUGCCUCCAUAUUACCUAUUACCAUUAAAGAAAGCACUAAGGAUGAUGGGAGCUCCAAAUCUGAUAUCAGAUAAUUUAGAUUGUGGACUUAGUUACAGUGUUAUCUCUUACCUUAAAAAACUCAGCCAACAGACCAAAAUAGAAUCAGAACGAAUUCUAGCAUCAGUGGGGAAGAAACCUCCCCAGGAAAUUGGAAUCAAAGUGAAAAAUCAUUCUGGAGGUGGUUUGUCUUUGACUCACAGUAAAAAUUUUAGAAAACUACUGAAAAAAAUCACAGGGGAAACUUCUCCAAGACUGACAGAGCUGAAUACCAAAGAAUUUGCUGGCUUUCAAGUAGGGUUUUUAAACAAGGAUUUGAAACCUCAGACAUAUAGAAAUGCAUAUGAUGUUUCACGUAGAGGUCUUUUAGAUCAGUUAACCAGAAUGAGAUCCAAUCUGCUGAAAACACACAAGUUUAUUGUUGGACAAGAUGAAGAUUCCCUUCAUAGUGUUCCAGUCGCACAAAUGGGCAACUAUCAGGAAUAUCUAAAGACAUUGGCUUCUCCACUUCGAGAGAUUGAUCCAGAUCAACCCAAAAGACUGCAUACUUUUGGCAAUCCCUUUAAACAAGAUAAGAAGGGAAUGAUGAUUGAUGAAGCAGAUGAAUUUGUAACAGGACCACAAAACAAAGUGAAACGUCCUGGAGAACCCAACAGCCCUCUGUCAUCUAAGAGAAGGCGGAGUAUGUCCCUGCUGUUGAGGAAACCACAAACACCACCUACUGUAACUAACCAUGUGGGCAGAAAGGGACCACCCUCAGCCUUGUGGUUCCCAUCUUAUCCAAACCUCAUAAAACCCACUCUUGUACAUACAGAUGCUACUGUUACUCAUGAUGUCCAUGAGGAGAAGAUGGAAAAUGGUCAAAUCCCACCUGAUGGGUUCUUGUCAAAAUCUGCGGCACCAGAGUUUAUGAAUAUGACAGGAGAUGGUAUUCCAUCCAACCAAUUGGAUUCUCUAUCUGAUGACUUUACUAGUCUAAGAAAAGAUGACUUGAUUAACAAACCUGGUAGUAAUGCACUUGUUGGAAGAAUCAAAAACUGCAGUGUCUCUGCAGAUGACCAAAAAGUCUCAGUAUCAUCUUUUGAAACUGUGCCAAAUACAUUGCAAAUAACUCCUGCUAUGGCACAAGGAAUCAAUGCUGAUAUAAAACAUCAGUUAAUGAAGGAAGUUCGAAAAUUUGGACGAAAGUAUGAAAGAAUUUUCAUUUUGCUCGAAGGAGUACAAGGACCUCUUGCAGUCAAGAAACAAUUUGUUGAAUUCACCAUCAAGGAAGCUGCAAGGUUUAAAAGACGAGUCUUAAUCCAGUACCUUGAGAAGGUGCUAGAAAAAAUAGAUCCCUACCACCUUCUCAACAAUGUUAAUCACGUCAACAGCAGGUCAUCAUGUUAAUGCAAAGACCAAGGAGAAAAAAAAAGACAUGUUUUCUGUGCUAUAGGAUGGAACAGGAUAUCAUUGAAGCUUCCUGGAAUGUUUU